AUGUCAAAAAGUAUCAGUUUACAAACUAAUGAGAGGAUUGCGUUGUUAUAAAUACAUUGACAUGUUUUGUAGUCGUAAAUGACUUUGAACAAUAUGAAGGUUAUCAUCCUACUGUUUUUAUGUUUCGUCCUACCGGACAGAUCAAACUCGGGCAAAGUCCAUCCAACAAUUCACAAAAAGCUGCAACAUGGACUGAAGAAUAUUCCGUGGUCUUGGAAACUCACAGGAUUGCACAUGGAAAAUAAGCAUCCUAUCUCCUUCAAUGUAAAAGUUGUCUCCACCUAUAAAGUCACUGGAAUGUUGAAAAACAAAAAUCGCAAGUACCGAGACUGUGCAGCUAUACUGAAGAAGAAUCCAUAUAGAAAAGACCAGGACGGAGUGUAUACGAUUUAUCCGGAUCUUAAAACAAAGAAACACGUGUACUGUGACAUGACAACAGAAGGGGGCGGCUGGACGGUCAUCCAGAAACGAGUUAAUGGGUCAACAGAUUUUUACAGAGACUGGCAAACCUACAAAGUUGGAUUUGGAGAUCCCAGGAAAAGUUAUUGGAUGGGAAACGACGUCCUACACUUGCUAACAAAAUCAGGGAACCAAGUCCUCCGUGUGAACCUUCAGAAAUUUAGCGGUCAGAAGGCGUAUGCUAAAUACUCCAAGUUAUUUGUUGGUGACGAAAGCAGCAAAUACAAACUGACUGUGUCAGGAUACAGUGGCACGGCAGGGGACAGUCUUACCUACCACAACGGAAUGAAAUAUUCAACAAAAGAUCAAGACAACGACAAAUAUAAAGGACGUUGUACGACGCAUCACAAAGGAGCGUGGUGGUAUAACAAGUGUUACUAUUCCAACCUGAAUGGACAGUAUGCUAACUCCGCCGUGGUCAGUGACAAGUACCUUAACUGGUAUAAAUGGGGGAAUAAACCCGAAGCAUUGAGAAGAGCCUCCAUGAUGAUCCGACCAUGGUAAUAGAUGUCGAUACGUUAAAUAAAUGAAAUAAAAGGUGUCUUUGUAUU